CAGGCUCUCUGUCGCCAUCUUGCUCCCGUUGUGGGUGGUGCAGGGCGGGAUUGACUGGGGGUUAGUCAGUUUGAAUGUAGUGUCUCGGCCUGUCACCAUGUCUCGGUUUAGGAGAGGAGGGGGACACCCGGACCCUAGGGCCGGUUUCCGAGAGGAGAAGGAGAAAGAGCCCCAGGUUCCCCAGGGACUGAUCAGGACAGCCCGGAAAAGCGGCCAAUUAAAUCUGUCGGCGAGGGGCCUGACUGAGGUUCCUUUAAGUGUUUGGCGAAUAAACUUGGAUACGCCAGAGGAAGCUCAUCAGAACGUGACAUUUGGUGGAGCCGACCGGUGGUGGGAGCAGACUGAUCUAACAAAGUUGAUUCUAGCUUCAAACAAAUUGCAAUCUCUGUCUGAAGAUAUAAAGCUUCUUCCAGCUCUUGUUGUUCUGGAUGUUCACGAUAAUCUCUUAUCAAGUCUGCCAUGUGCCAUCGGUGAACUGGUCAACCUGCAAAAAUUAAACAUCAGUCACAAUAAACUUAAAGAAUUGCCUAAAAAUUUGGCAAAUUUGCAGAAUCUAAAGUCCUUACAAAUUCAGCACAACCAGUUAGAGGAAUUGCCCGACGUGCUGGGACAUCUAAGCUUUUUAGAAGAUUUAGAUGCAUCUAACAAUCAGUUGAGGAGUAUUUCAAGUAGCCUUGGCCAUCUUUCUUGUCUUGCUCGUCUGAAUUUAUCCAAUAAUAAACUGAAGUCACUACCUGCAGAAAUCGGACAGCUGAAAAAUGUAAAGCAGUUGGACUGUACUGCAAACUUGCUGGAAGACGUACCUGUCCUGCUGGCUGGUAUGGACUCCCUGGAACAGAUGUAUUUAAGACAGAACAAGCUGACUUAUCUCCCAGAACUUCCCAACUGCAAACUGCUGAAGGAACUGCAUGUUGGUAACAACCAAAUAAAUACUCUUGGCCCUCAACAUCUGAAGCAUUUGUGCUCCAUCAGUGUCCUCGAGCUACGAGAUAACAAGCUGAAGUCAUUACCAGACGAUAUAAAUAUACUGAAAGGACUGGAGCGCCUCGAUCUAACCAACAAUGAUAUCAGCAGCCUCCCCAACUCUCUUGGAAAUCUUCCAAAUUUAAAAUCCCUACAACUGGAAGGUAAUCCCUUGAGAGGGAUUCGGCGGGACAUUCUGAGUAAAGGAACUCAAGAACUCCUCAAGUAUCUCAAAAGUCGGGUUCAAGCCGAGGAAAAGUCUGAUCAGAACGCAGUUACUGCCAUGACGCUGCCAAGCGAUGCCCUUGUUAACACUCAUUCUAUCACAACGCUGAAAACCUUAGAAUAUUGUGACAAGCAAGCCCCUGCUAUCCCUGAAGCAGUGUUUAACGCAGUUGGUGCCAAUCCGAUCGUAACAUUAAACUUCAGCAAGAACCAGUUGACGGAGAUUCCUCCAAGAAUUGUUGAACUGAAAGAAUCCGCCUCUGAUGUUAACCUUGGCUUUAACAAGAUUAAUGAAAUUUCUCUCAAUCUCUGUAUGCUUCUAAAACUAACACACCUUGAUAUGCGAAACAAUCUUUUGAUGUCACUUCCUGAAGAGAUGGAAGCCAUGACUCGUCUGCAGUCUGUGAUCCUUUCUUUCAACAGGUUUAAAACCUUUCCAGAUGUUCUCUACCGCAUGCCAACCUUGGAAACGAUUCUUAUCAGCACUAACCAGAUCGGCUUUGUAGAUCCUCUUCAAUUAAAGAAACUGACCAAACUUUCCACUUUGGAUCUUCAGAAUAAUGACAUUUUUCAGGUGCCUCCAGAACUUGGAAACUGCGAGAGUCUCAGAGCCCUUCAUCUUGAAGGUAACCCAUUCCGUAAUCCAAGAGCAGCAAUUCUAUCUAAGGGAACGGCAUCCAUCCUAGAAUACCUCAGGAGCCGCAUUCCUACCUGACCAGCCUAUAGCCAUGGAGAAAAUGUUGAUAUUUUGCAUGAUCUAUGUUAAUCACAAGUAUUGCAGAGGGCUGUUUGACAAUAAUUGUGAAUGACAAGACACUGGUUUCAACUAGCCUUUGCAGUUCUUCCAAAACGUCAGCUAGUGAAAUGCAUAGUAACAAGUGUUUAAAUACAACUUGGACCUAGCAGAUUGAAUAGUGUGCAUUGUAAGUAGUUUACAAAUUCAAAUAAAUAUUUCCAUUUUGCUGUAAGUCUCGACA